UUUAAUUCGUCUGUAUUUAUUUAUGAUAAGAGAUAUAUAUGAAUAUUGUUUGAACUCCUAUUAAUAUCAUUGUAAGACGGUAAUAUUUACAAGUGGUUUCCGAAUUUUCUGAGGGAAAAAUGACUACUCAACUAGAGAAUAUAAUAAAUGCAUACAGGAGACUGGCCAAGAUUCCAUCCAUUGUGGGAGGAAAACUCAACAGUAAAGGUGAUAGAAUAUAUUCGAAAUGGUCUGUGAGAAACUUAGACAAAGGCAAAUCAACAAAGUACCUCUUGGAAUAUGUGCUUGAUAACAAAUUGAAAGUUAUCUCUGAAUCCACAUUUGGUACAGAUGUCAGUAAUGAAUUACUGUCUGCCGUGUCACCGCGCGAUACCUACCGGGCUGUAAUACGCGAAGAGAAGGAUAAAGACAAGAAACAGUACUUGGAGGUGUGGAGUAAGAGUAACCUGGUGCAUUGUGUUGAUCUCACAGCACUCGAUAUUCAUGGGGAUGUGUAUGCUGACUCUGAAUUUGGCAGUUUGAAAUGGUCUCAAGAUGAGACUGCAAUUGUGUAUAUUGCUGAAAGAAAAGCCCCAAAGUAUGAGCCGUUUAUUAAGAGGAAAGCUGAGAAGGAUACAACCAAACCUGAAGGCAGUGGCGAAUCAGCCCCCAAAAAGGGUGAAGAAUUUGUAUACCGUCAAGAUUGGGGUGAACAGUUGGUUGGCAAGUACCUCUCUGCAAUAGUGGUGUGUCAACUACAAACUGAAAAAUUCACUGUGCUGGAGGGCUUGCCAGAGAGCUGGUGUCCAGGACAGGUUUCAUUCACACCAGAUGGCAAGAGUGUUGUAGGUGUCGCGUGGGAGACGGAGCCGCGCCGUCUCGGGCUCAUGUUCUGUACCAACCGACACGGACACAUAUUCAAUCUCUCCCUCGAUGGCAAAUUAAGUGUGUUGUCUCGCGAAGGCCAAUCAGUGCGGUCACCACGUGUAUCAGCAUCUGGUGUUACGUGGCUGCAGAGACCAACCGGCGGGCCGCAUCACGCUUGUCACGCUCUCGUGUUCAAAGGGAACGACUCGGAAGAAGUAUCCACAAUUAUAGACAUUGUGGAUACAGAGCUGAAGAUAUGGAAUAACGUCAGUUUCCAUGGCCUUUUCAAUCUAUCAUUGCCCGGCCAGUGCUUCACAACCGACGGUAGGAUCGUGUUCUCCACACCGCAGAAGAACGAAAUCAGAAGCUACGUCGCUGAUGUUGAUGGCAAAAGGAUAGUGGACAUUUCAUACAACGGCAGCCCCGGGUCUACCUCAGUCCUGGACGUGAAAGGAGACGUUAUCCUCGCGGCCUUCUCCAACAUGACCACACCAGGACAGUUAUACGUGGCCCGGCUGCCAGCUGCGGGUAGUGAAGCGGAGAUCUCGUGGCAACCAGUAGGGACGCGGCCCGAGUCUCCGCUGCCGCCCUCUAUAGUACGCUACUUGAACCUGGAACACGACAAUAGCACCGAUUCCGUCAAGUCUUUCACGGCUUUGUACUUAGCGCCGGACAGCGAGACGAAACUGCCAUUGGUGGUGUGGCCGCAUGGCGGACCGCACGGUAACUUCGUGAACGCGUUCAUGAUCGACGCCGCCUUGUUCAAUCUCCUAGGUUUUGCGGUACUACCAAUUAACUACCGCGGUUCAACGGGCGCUGGUCAGGCCACCCUAAACUGUUUACCAAAACACGUGGGCGAUUACGACGUGAAGGACUGUAAAUACGCGACAGACGAGACCGUCAGACGGUUCCCCAUAGAUACGGAGAAGAUCUGCCUGUAUGGGGGGUCGCAUGGUGGUUUCCUUGUGGGCCAUCUGAGCGGGCAGUACCCUAAUGUGUACAGUGUGGUGGUCAGUCGGAACCCGGUUAUUGAUGUCGCUUCCAUGUUCAAUUCAACGGAUAUCGCUGAUUGGUGCGCAGUAGAAGCCGGCUUUGAGUUCAAGGAAAAUGGCCCGUUAUCAGAAGAGGAGUUGCUGGCAAUGCGUCGCUGUUCGCCAUUGGCGCAUGUUCACCGUGUGAAAGCGCCCACUGCCCUUAUGCUGGGCUCUGGGGACAAGCGGGUGCCACAUUUCCAAGGAUUGGACUACGCUAGGCGGUUGAAGGCUAACGGUGUACCCACCAGGGUGUACAUGUAUGAUGACAAUCACUCGUUGUCGUCGCUGCCCGCCGAGAUGGACAAUCUUAUUAACGGCGCGCACUGGUUCCUCCAACACUUGCCUUCCUAACAACACAGAAGAUACACUAUUUUUUUACAUUUUUUAUGUCAUUUAAUUAAUUUUAUAAGGAUUUACAUUUUUAUAUAAAUUGUAGUGUACUAAAGAUUUUUUUAAAUAACAAUUAUUAGGAAUACGCUCAACACUCGUCCGUUCCGUUCUGCGGGCUGCUUGUAGAAUGCCUUAUUUGUCCGAUUCACUGUUCAUAGGCCGCCAUCUUGCGCCACUACACUCGAAAAUCCGGAACAAAAAAGCGGAAGUGAUAACAAAAUAUUGAAUAAUUUGUUAUAAUAAUUAUAAAAGUGCUGUUCUUUUUCGAUACGCUCUUGACAGAACAGUCGUGGCCAUUAUGUAGUGGAGUGAGAGGCAUUUGUCAUCCGCCUUACGAGAGCUCGCCAUUUCUACCUACUGGCUGCCAUUCUGGUACUCGUGGAGUCGACCACCAACCGCUGCUUUGAAUUGGUCGGUCCAUCACAUAGCUCAUGUUGUAUAAAGUGCUAUAUGUUAUGUUUGUUUAUUUAUAUUUGGAAAACCAAGACUAUUUACAAGCACAAUAAUAAACUUAUAGCGUCCUUGUAAUAUGUUUUGGUUGAAGAGUUAAGAUACGACAAUGAAAUUACAGGGUAAGAAAGAAUAAUACAUUAGUGCUCCGGAUUUGCAACUAUUGCUGACUUCAAUAUAUGCUAGUUAUAGCCGAUUAUGAAUUAUAAUAUACUUCUUUAGACCAAGUAAACAGCAAUAG